CAUCCCAUCACUUUCCAUAAUAAAUCGCACGAGGAGGGCGUGGGGAUGUGUCGUCACAGGUCACGCGGUGUUUGCGCCCACAACAGAAGAAGGGUGCAAAUAUGGCGGGCGACGGGGAGUCGCUGGAGUCUUGGCUCAACAAAGCCACCAGCUCAGCUAACCGACAGGAAGACUGGGAGUAUAUUAUGGGAUUCUGUGACCAAAUCAAUAAAGAGCUUGAGGGUCCACAGAUAGCUACAAGGCUGUUGGCUUACAAGAUCCAGUCUCCACAGGAAUGGGAAGCCAUGCAGACCUUGACGGUUCUAGAGGCUUGCAUGAAGAACUGUGGUGGAAGAUUUCAUAACGAAGUUGGAAAAUUCCGUUUUCUAAAUGAACUGAUAAAGGUAGUUUCACCCAAGUACUUUGGUGACAGAAUAUCGGAGAAAGUGAAGAAUAAGGUCAUUGAGAUUUUAUACAGUUGGACUGUCUCUCUACCUGAUGAAGCAAAGAUCUCAGAAGCGUAUCAAAUGCUAAAGAAGCAAGGGAUUGUUUCAGUUAACCCAGAACUCCCUCACGACAACACACUAAUACCUUCACCUUCCCUGCGGCCCAAGAAUCCUGUUUUUGAAAACGAAGAGAAGAGCAGGAGAUUAGCAGAACUUCUUAAGAGCAAAAAGCCUGAGGACCUGCAAGAGGCCAACCGGAUCAUCAAAAACAUGGUGAAAGAGGACGAUGUACGGGCCCAGAAAGUUACAAAGACGAACAGAACCCUGGAUGAGGUGGACCACAGGGUUAAACUCCUCAAUGAGAUGUUGAAUCACUUCAGUGAAGACGUCUCCACGGAUGGGGACAAAGAGAUCAUCAGGGAGUUGUAUGGAGAUUGUGAUAAGCUAAGGCAGACAGUUUUCAAGCUUGCCACAGAAACGGAGGACAAUGACAAUAACUUGGGGAACAUCCUGCAGGCCAGCGAUGACCUCUCCCGUGUCAUUAACUCCUAUAAGAGGAUUGUAGAAGGACAGAUCAUCAACGGAGAGAAAGAAGAACAUUUGACUCGCCACAAGGCAAAGCAGUCAGAGGUCCUCAUUGAUCUGGCGGGCCUGGAGCCCCAGGGCCCGGCGGCGGCCACCUCCAGCCAUCUCCAGGCCCCGCCCUCCUCCCUGUCCGUCCCUGCAGACCUGCUGUGCGCCGCCGCCGCCGUCGCCCCUGGGCCUCAGGGCUCCUUCACGGCAGCCUCGCUGACGCUGCUCGACGAGGAGCUGUUGUUCUUAGGUAUCGGUGACCCUGCCCCGGUUGUAAGUCAAUCCAUCGUGACUAGACCUGAACCCCUGGAUCAUCAGCUGACAUCCUUACAGGACUCCAGUCAGGACUUUGAUAUUUUCGGCUCGGUCUCACUUCCCGCCCCGCCCUCCUUCUCCACGUUCCCAGUGUUUUCGACCAACCUCUCCCCAGGGCCUCCCCCGGCCCAGUGUCCCCGCCCCUCCUCCACCUCACACCACUCUGCUGUCUUCUAUGGGUCCCCCUAUACCAACCAGUCAGCCACCACCGUCCCCAGCCUGCAGUCCUCCUCAGCCGCCACCCUUUCCCCUGCUGGCCGCCAGUCAUACAGCAGCACCUCGUCUCUCCCAAGCUAUGCUUCAGCGACUUCAUUCCAAACGCAGGUCACCAGUGUGCCUUCGCCUCAUGCAGCAAGCACUUCCCUGUCUCCCCCAGGCUCAAGUAACGGCAUUCUGCAGGAUUUGGACUUGCUCGACCUCAGCAGUCACAAAACUACAACUGGCAUGCUGGAUGUCGCGGGGUUCCUAGGAGCAGCUUCCACGUCCUCCUCCCCCAUGCCCCAUCUCCUGGGAGGGAUGCCAGCAGGACCUCUGGUUCUCCCCCCCGCUAAGAGUCAGGCAGACGACAGCCCGCUGUUGCGCUCACUGUCGCCGGUCCUCACCCCGAGUCAACCCAGUCCAGGGAAGGGCCAGGAGAUCUCCCUGUCCAGUGUCAAGGUCUCUCUGGAGGCAAUCAAACCAAGCAAAGUGUGCCCGGUAACUGCUUAUGACAAAUACGGCAUCCGAGUUCUGCUCCACUUUGCCUCCGACUGCCCACCAGACAGACCUGAUGUACUGGUUAUGGUGGCCUCCAUGCUCAACACUGCCCCGCUGCCCGUCAGCCACAUCGUUAUGCAGGCUGCAGUCCCAAAGUCUAUGAGGUUGAGACUCCAGCCUCCAUCCGGGACAGAGCUGGCGGCAUUCAACCCCAUUCUACCCCCUGCUGCUAUCACCCAAGUCAUCUUGCUGGCCAAUCCACUCAAGGAGAAGGUGCGGAUGAGAUACAAGUUGGCGUUCACGCUGGGGGAACAGCCGUGCUCAGAGAUUGGAGAAGUGGAGCAGUUCCCCCCUGCCGAGAAGUGGGGUGCUCUAUAGCCCGGCUCUGUGUUGGAAGGGCUGCAUUAACCGUAACAUUCUUGAAACCCGAGCAAAGCAGAACUAUAAUCAAAGCUUUGAAGUUCAAGACCUUUAUAGGCUCAUGGUAGUGUCCACCUCCACCUCUGGGAGGGUCAUUCAAGCAGAUCAUUGCAGUGUUUUGGACCUGCUUUAUGUCCUUACUGUGGACUUGAUUCAGAUGUCACCACAGUGCCAGUGCAGUAGUUACAGUGGUUAAGAUCCACUUUGGGAAAUGGAUGGUUUCACACAGAAAAAAAAGUCAUGCCGGGCUUUAGUUUAACGUGCUACAUUACCAUUAGGUAUACUGUAUUUUUCACUUGGCUUGCAUUCAAAGGACAUCAAUCAUUCAUACUGCAGGUCAUUUAUACCCUUUUUUGUGACCAACAUUUGGUCUAUCUUGCGCAUCUUGGUUCUUUUAACCAAUUGGUAGGAGAAGAAAUGGUCAUAAGUAUGGGAAAAGGCAUGACAUGUGAAAACUGAAUUCGUUUCUGCUACUGACUGUUUUGACAUCAGAAGUCACUUAAAAAAACUGUGAUUCAAGCAUGCAAAGUAAUUUUUUACUGACCAUACUCAGAUGAACGUUAAAAAAAUGUAGGUCCGAAACAGUACAAUUCUUAAUUCCAGUACUAGACUUUCGGGGGAACCUGGAUUUCUGCAGUCUGAAGCAGGACUUUGAUAUGACUCAUGACGUGCAAUGUUGGAUGGUAGGGAUAGGAUGGCUGGAUGUUGAUCGUUUUGGAGUGAGGACUAUCACCCAUUAAUAAACUUGUGCUUGAAUUAAUUUUUACCUUGUUACCGUAUGACUCCGAUUGUUAGAGACUUUUGUCCUUUAAACAAUGAUGGCACAAAUGUAUUUAGAGAGUUGAGAAGCGGAAGACCCAGUAUUUAUUUGUUUUGUGUGAGGAUUGUGAAAUGAAUUUUAUUUUCUUUAUUGAUAGUAUUGUUUGCUCAAUUCUUACCUAAAUGCUUGUGUCGCUUUUAAUAUUAUGCUCAUGGCAGAUCUGGUGGUGCUCAAUGUAAACAAACUGGUCAAUGAGUACUAUUUCAUAUUAUACAAAUCAACCUGUUUACCUGACUUCAUUUUUGUUCAGCAAAGGGCUGGUUGGCCAGACCUAAACUAGAACUAAAUCAUUUGUAUAAAGUCAUCCUAAAUGGCCCUCAUUCAAUAUUAUACCCUCUCUAAUAUAAAGGUUUGAUCUGUCGGUCGGAGAGGUCCUUUUUUGUGCGAAUAGGCCUUGGUCUCAUGUCAUAACCUGGGUUAAUUCUUCAUGUUGUGGCUCUCCUUUCAGACCUGGUAAAUUGAAAAUUAAAGUUAACACUGACA